AAUGGUGGUUCUCUUUUCAGAUAAGUUUCACCUUCGAGGGUUAAGGUCUUUAGCUUUUUGCUUGGCCAAUGCGCGAUUUGCUUGUCCCUACGUGACUGAUUCGCGAAUAGCAUAUAACGUACCCACCCAGCCCACGCGUAGCUCAGUUGUCAAAAUGGAUCUUGUUGAGAAGGCCAAGGAAGCCGCAGCGCAGAGAGCAGUUGACAACCACAUCAAGAACAACUACAUUGUCGGCAUCGGAAGUGGAAGUACAGUUGUUUAUGCAGUUGAGCAUCUAGCACGCAGGGUUAAAGAGCAUGGAUGGAAGAUAUCUUGUGUGCCUACAUCAUUUCAAGCUAAAGAACUGAUUCGAAAACAUGGUCUUGUGAUGACAGACCUGGAAGAAAGUCCCGAGUUGAAUGUGGCAAUAGAUGGUGCUGAUGAAAUUGACGCUAAGCUUACGCUCAUCAAAGGAGGAGGUGGAUGCCUCACUCAGGAGAAGAUUAUUGCAUCAUGUGCUAAGGAGUUCGUUGUCGUCGCUGACUACAGAAAAGACUCCUCUACGCUUGGGGAAAACUGGAAGAAGGGCAUUCCUGUCGAGGUGAUACCAAUGUCUUAUGUCCCAGUACAGAGGAAAAUAGAAAAGCUGCUUGGACAUAAGGCAGAAUUGCGGCAGGCAGCAAAGAAGUGUGGACCAGUUGUAACUGACAACGGAAACUUCAUCCUGGACUGCAAGUUUACCCCACAAAAGGACUGGUCUGCUGUUAACACCGCAUUGAAAAUGAUUCCUGGUGUUGUUGAAACGGGCCUUUUUGUUGGUAUGGCACACAAGGCCUACUAUGGAUUAAACGAUGGCUCUGUGAAUGAGAAGAAAGCUCCAUGAAACAGUUUUUCCAACUUGUUAUAUUUUUUAUAUACAUAUACAAAAUUUAAUAAUGUACAGUGCAUAGGUUAAGCUUCAAACAGUUCCUGGCAGUGCUGCUAUAUUGGCUGCUAGUCAACUUUGCCAAUUUCAAGUUGCUGUUUGUGAGAUAGCCAGUGACACAUGCUACUGGUGAUCUUGCAAUAUUUUCGAGGGAUCAUUUUCAUUCUCCUAUGAUGUAGAAUAAAUACUAUUCUUUAUAAA